CAGCGGGCCGCGGCAGGGGGACCGGGUGGCGGGCGCCAGCGGCCGGAGGACGCCCGGCUGCGGGAGGCGGCUCCGCAGCGCCCAGGCAAGCAAACCGAAGAAAAGGGCUUGCAAUCCUCCUCGGGGUUUGAUUUGCAUCAUCUCUUGAGUCCAUUAAAAAAAAAAAGACAACCAAGAAAAGGCAAAGCAAAGCAAACCUCUUCCCCCCCCCUUCCCCACACCCCUCCACCCCCCUUCCAAACCAUGUUGUGCGGAAGGACUUCCACUCCCUGGCUGUGCUGGUAACGUUUGCAAUCAGGAAGAGCCUUUGGGGGCUGCAGGAUCUGCUCAUCUGAUGCUGCCGCUCAAGGUUUUGGUGCAGGGAGACAAAACUGCUGCCUCUUCCGACCGCUGAUCUCUUCGCAUCUGCAUUUUGCUGCUGCCUUGCUCCGUCUCACACCCUUUCUCCAUGGACUGAUUGUGGAUUUUUUUGCUCCCCCCUCCCCCCCUCCUUUUUUUUUUUCCUCCCCCUCUUCUUUCAUUCCCCCUCCCCCUCAUUUUUUUUUUGGGGGGGGUAGGUUGUGGAGGAGAAGAGGACAAGCGAAGAAAAUCAGAAUCAAGGCACCGUUAUUUAUCUCUCGUUUUGCGGAGGGGCAGAGCUGCUUGGAGGUUAAUCAUCGUUGUUUUUUUUUGGGGGGGGGGGGGGAAGAGGAAACAUGACGUCGCCAGCAAAAUUCAAAAAGGAUAAGGAGAUCAUAGCCGAGUACGACACUCAAGUCAAAGAGAUCCGAGCCCAGUUGGUGGAGCAGCUGAAAUGCCUUGACCAGCAGUGUGAGCUCCGGGUCCAGCUGCUGCAGGACCUGCAGGAUUUCUUCCGCAAGAAGGCAGAGAUUGAGAUGGAUUACUCAAGGAAUUUGGAGAAGUUGGCUGAGAGAUUCCUGGCUAAAACUAGGAGCACCAAAGACCAGCAAUUCAAGAAGGACCAGAAUGUGCUGUCUCCUGUCAACUGCUGGAACCUCCUGCUGAACCAGGUGAAGCGGGAGAGCAGGGAUCACACCACCCUCAGUGACAUCUAUCUCAACAACAUCAUCCCUCGCUUUGUGCAGGUCAGCGAAGACUCGGGGCGCCUCUUCAAGAAGAGCAAGGAAGUUGGGCUGCAGCUCCAGGAAGACUUGAUGAAGGUCCUGAAUGAACUCUACACGGUGAUGAAAACCUACCACAUGUACAACGCAGACAGCAUCAGUGCUCAGAGCAAGCUGAAGGAGGCAGAGAAGCAGGAAGAGAAGCAGAUUGGGAAGUCAGUGAAGCAGGAGGACAAGCAGACCCCACGCUCUCCUGACUCAGCUGCCAACGUCAAGUUCGAAGAGAAGCAUGUUCGGAGGAGCUCUGUCAAGAAAAUAGAGAAGAUGAAAGAGAAGCGCCAAGCAAAGUACACAGAAAACAGGCUGAAGGCUAUCAAGGCAAGGAAUGAGUAUCUGCUAGCUCUGGAAGCCACCAAUGCAUCUGUGUUCAAGUAUUACAUCCAUGACCUGUCUGAUCUCAUUGAUCAGUGCUGUGACCUGGGCUACCAUGCCAGCCUCAACAGAGCUCUCAGGACCUUCUUGUCUGCUGAGCUCAACCUGGAGCAGUCCAAGCACGAGGGGCUGGAUGCCAUCGAGAACGCGGUGGAGAACCUGGACGCCAACAGCGACAAGCAGCGCCUGAUGGAGAUGUACAACAAUGUCUUCUGCCCACCCAUGAAGUUCGAGUUCCAGCCUCACAUGGGGGACAUGGAGUCACAGAUCUGUGCCCAGCAACCAGUGCAGAGUGAGUUAGUGCAGAGGUGCCAGCAGCUGCAGUCUCGACUGUCCACACUGAAGAUUGAAAAUGAAGAGGUGAAGAAGACAAUGGAAGCUACACUCCAGACCAUCCAGGACAUAGUCACAAUAGAGGACUUUGAUGUCUCUGACUGCUUUCAGUACAGCAACUCGAUGGAGUCUGUGAAAUCCACUGUCUCAGAAACCUUCAUGAGCAAACCAAGCAUUGCCAAGAGAAGAGCCAACCAGCAGGAGACAGAGCAGUUCUACUUCACAAAAAUGAAGGAGUAUCUGGAAGGCAGGAACCUGAUAACGAAGCUCCAAGCCAAACAUGACCUUCUUCAGAAGACCCUGGGAGAAAGCCAGAGGACAGACUGCUCCCUUGCCAGCGGCAGGCGCAGCUCCACCGUCAGGAAGCAGGAUUCCUCACAAGCCAUUCCCCUGGUGGUGGAGAGCUGCAUUCGGUUCAUUAGCAGGCAUGGUUUGCAGCACGAAGGAAUAUUCCGAGUCUCUGGCUCCCAGGUUGAAGUAAAUGACAUCAAAAAUGCAUUUGAGAGAGGAGAGGAUCCAUUGGCUGGGGACCAGAAUGACCACGACAUGGAUUCAAUAGCAGGAGUUCUGAAGCUCUAUUUUCGAGGGCUGGAGCAUCCUCUCUUCCCUAAGGACAUCUUCCAUGAUCUGGUUGCCUGUGUCACAAUGGAUAACUUACAGGAGCGAGCUCUCCACAUCCGCAAAGUGCUGCUGAACCUGCCCAAGACCACUCUGAUCGUCAUGAGAUACCUCUUUGCCUUCCUCAACCAUUUGUCUCAGUUCAGUGAGGAGAACAUGAUGGAUCCCUACAAUUUAGCCAUCUGCUUUGGGCCAACGCUGAUGUCUGUGCCUGAAGGUCAUGAUCAAGUCUCUUGCCAAGCUCAUGUCAAUGAACUGAUCAAAACCAUCAUCAUCCAACAUGAGAACAUCUUCCCAGGACCCAGGGAGCUGGAGGGUCCAGUCUAUAGCAGAGGUGGAAGCACUGAGGAUUACUGUGAAAGUCCUCACGGAGAGAGAGCCUCAACAGAAGACUCAGCCCAGGACGUGACAGCUGAGCACCACACCAGUGAUGAUGAGUGUGAGCCCAUAGAAGCCAUAGCCAAGUUUGACUACAUUGGCAGGACUGCCAGGGAGCUGUCCUUCAAGAAAGGAGCUUCUCUCUUGCUCUACCAACGAGCCUCGGACGACUGGUGGGAGGGACGGCACAACGGCAUCGACGGCCUCAUCCCGCACCAGUACAUCGUGGUCCAAGACACUGAGGAUGGUCUCUCGGAGCGAUCCAGUCCCAAGUCUGAAAUAGAACUCAACUCUGAGCCGCCAGAAGAGAAAGUGACUGCUCGAGCUGGUGCCAGCUGCCCGAGCGGGGGCCACGUCGCAGACAUUUACCUUGCCAACAUCAACAAGCAAAGAAAGAAACCAGAGUCAGGCAGCAUCAGAAGAGCCUUCCGUCAAAGUGACAGCCACGGCCUAGGUAGUUCAAUGGCAGAACCAGCCUCCCCAGGAGCCAUAGCCGGUUCCAGACCCUCAUCUCAGCCCAUUAUGAGCCAAAGUCUUCCCAAGGAGGUGUCAGAUAAGUGCUCCAUCAGUGGCCACGGCAGCCUCAAUUCUAUCAGCCGCCACUCGUCGCUGAAGAACAGGAUGGAGAGUCCCCAGAUCCGCAAAGCUGUCACAGCAGGCAGGUCCAAGAGCUUCAACAACCAUCGGCCCAUGGACCCCGAGGUCAUUGCACAGGACAUCGAAGCUACGAUGAACUCUGCUCUGAACGAGCUGCGGGAGCUGGAGAGGCAAAGCAGCGUAAAGCACACCCCAGAUGUUGUCCUCGACACCCUGGAGCCUCUGAAAACAUCUCCAGUGGUAGCCCCCACCUCAGAACCUUCCAGCCCUCUGCACACUCAGCUCCUGAAGGACACUGAGCCAGCUUUCCAGCGCAGUGCCAGCACAGCUGGAGACAUCCCCUGCACCUUCCGACCGGUCAAGUCGGUCAAAUUGGCCACCCAGGUGAAACCUCCAGCAACAAGGCCAAAACCCACAGUUUUCCCCAAAACAAAUGCCACAAGCCCUGGCGUUGCCUCCUCUGCAUCUCAGCAGCCUACUGACAAGUCCUGUACUGUCUGAACUCGAUGCUGCUCUCUGGGUACCAACCAAGUUGCUUCUUCAAGGCGAAGAGACUCCGUUCGAAACCUCCUCUUUAAGCUCCUCCUUGAACUGCUGCCGAAGGUUGGUGCUGAACUUGCUGGGGGGGGUGACAAACCUCAUCCCGUGGGUAUCAGUGACAUUUGGUGAGGCAAACCAGCUGGGUGCCACACUUUGGGAAAUCCAGGAUCAGGUCACUGUGAAGCUGAGGAGGAAAACACCCCAAGCAAGCAAGCAAGCGAGCGAUGAGUUGGACCUUGGGUCGAUGCCUCACUGGAAGGUGUUUGGGCCACUGGAAGAAGCAUUUGGUGGCAGUCCCCUUUGGAAUAGUGGUUGUAGUGACUUCUAGAUUCUGUGUUUCAUUUCUUCACAGGGGAAAAAAAUGAAAACCUAAUAGGAUAGAUUUUAGUCUGCUGCAUGUUUUGGUGCCACUGUUGACGUGGAGCUUGGACAUGCCUGGGUCUUGUGCGUUCUUGUUAUCACCUCGCCCGCGGGUGCCACGGUGGUUAAGGCUCUGUCUUGAUUGACUUCCAUCCCAUCCCUCUGGGUUUUUGUUUUGGUUGCUUCUCCCCCAAGUUCUUCCCUGCUGGGGCCCAAAGGUGGCCAUCCAGCUUCAGCAUUUGUCAGGAAAAAAAGUAGUUGACUCUGGAAGCCUCUUAGAUUUUUGUGGAGUUCUGCGUGCUGUGUGUCUGUGCAAGUCUGAACCGAGGUGGUCCUCAGCUGCAGGAGCAGAAGGAGGAGACCACUUGUUGCUUAUGGACAAUCUGAGCUCUUUGCCCCCUUUCCCUCUCCCCAUCUUUCAUUGGUUUUUCCGUGGAAUUUUCAGCCCUGAGGCUCUGCUCUGCUGUGUGAGAGCUCAGGAGACUGAAUGUAGGAACAAAAGAGCAGUUGGCUUUGGAGAACUGAAGCAUCCUCUGCUGGGAGCUGAGCGACUCAAUGCACACAUCCUUGCUCUGAUCACACCUCCAGAUGGAUCCUGACCAGAAUCCCACUUGGACAAGCACUGUAAAAACUUCCAGCCCAAGAAGCUUUGCAUCUUCUCCCUCUUUCUGGCUGCAAAGGGCUUCGGUGGGUGGCUGUGAACUGCUUUUUGAGGAUCUCUGCUCUCAUAGGAGAUGCUGCUGGGGACAAGAGAUGUGGCAGAAGGUGGCUUCUGGAGUGGCUUCUCUGCGUGGUUCUGGUGGACAGGAGUUGCCUCCAGGAUUGCAUUCUUUGUAUUUAUAUGGUAGGCAGCAAAAUGCUUCAGCCUCUAGCAGGCUGCAGGAACACUUUUGUACUCUGCUGAAGAAAUUUCCCCACUUCUAAUAUUAAUUUAAUUUAAGAGAAAUAAUAAUAAUAAUAAUAAUAAUUAAAACAAGGCAGGAGCCCACUGAGAAGGGUGCAGAAGACCUCUCAGCCCUGCAGGAAUGGAGACUGGCUUGAACCCUCAGUUCACUUUGUUCUUCAGCUUGUCUGGGAUUUAAAAACCAAGCUGCACCUCUUCAUGGUUUCACCAAGUCAAGAGGAAAAGAAAACAAGAGAGGGGGGAAAAAAAACCCCAAAUCCCUGUAUUUUCUCUCCCCUUUUAGCUGAGCUUCUUGUACAUUUGGGGGCUUCUUGUGCUUGGCUUCCUUGCCCCCCAGCGUUUGAAGUGGCACUUAAGUGAUGAGAAGAGAAGGAACAAAGCUUCUCAGAACAGCUUCUUCAGGAGUCAGCAGGAAGAGCUCAUCCCCUGCAGGUCACUGAGGGUGAAGGGAGCAGUCCACAUCCAACCUCACCAGACGCUGAGCAGUGGUGGGGGUGAAACCCUCCCACGUUUUCUCCACGCCCUACUUGCAGUGAACCUCUGGGGAAAACACCAGGAGGAAGAUCUCAGCAAGAACUCUUCCUCCUUGGUCCUUUCUGUAGCAGCAAUUCCCCUCGGGAAGCACCUUGGUACACGUUGGGGACUACCCCUUUGGACCUCUCCCUCUUCCUCUCCUGUGGGAAGAUUUCCCCCACGCGGUGCAACCAGCAACCCCUUUGCUCUCAGGUUCUGAUGGACUUUCACCACCAAGGAACCACUUGUUCUUUUGGGGGGGGGGGAACAACCCACCACCAAAUGACAGAACAGAUUGGAACUUGGCAUUCUUUCUUUUUUUUUUUGGCUCAGGCAGAACUUUUCUGGCACUUCCCUGGGAGCAGGGAGGGGUUUUUUUUUGUCCUUCUGGGUUUGUUUCCUCUCUGAUUGUCCAGCCAUGGAUGGCCAAGGUUAUGUUCUGUGUUCAAGAGCAGGCUCUCUGUGUGAUUGACUUCAACUCAUUUGUGAUGCCUUAGUUUCUUUACAUGUUUUUAAUGCCUAGCAUCAGUGUCUCUUAAGAAUUGAAGUGUUCAGCUACGCACAGCACACCUGGAGGAGAUGCCUUUUAUUUUCUCUAGCUGUCUGAACUGCCAGUGGAAAUUGAGGUCAAGAAGACUUCAGGUGACUCUUCACAGCAACUGUGUGCUGUGCUUCUCUCCAGCAUCCACAGCUCGGGGACAAUCCUGCUGCCAAGGGGAAUCAUUUAGCAGGAGAACCUCACGCUGAGCAACCCAACUGGAAUUCUUUGGUGUGCACUGUGAUUGACGCUUACAAACCCUUAACAGCAAGCAAUAUGGGAGGCUGAAGAGUGUCCUUCCUCUUUUCCACCUGCUCCAGGUCUGCCUGGCCAGCAGAAGACUCAGAGAGAGGAGGAGAAGAACCAAGAGAAGGAAACUUUUUGCCUAUCUGCUUCCCUCUGUGAGCACAAAAAGGCUGAGGGGGGAGCAUUUGCCACCAGGAUGGAGAGACUUGGAAGCGUUGGUGCUGCUCCAGUGGGCACCUUGUAGGGUGGACAAGUAGGAGGCAGUGGUUUGCUUGAGGGGAGUUUGGUGUGUGUGUGGGGGGAAGGUACCAACGUUGCUGCAUACCUUCAGAAGAAGAAACAACUUUGUUCUUCCACAGGAAAUCCUCUUGGGUGGCUUUUCUGUACCGUUGGUGACAAACAGAAGGGACAAGGAAGUGUUUGGUAACUGGAAUAAACCCAUCUGUUGGGCAGUGCUUUGUAUGGACCAGGGCUUCUUGUUCAUCAGGUGUUGGAUUGGAAGAAGCCAAAGCAAAACUUGUGACAGUAAAGUUGUGAUGGUUUUUGGGUUUCUUUUGUUUUCCUUUUUUUUUUUUCCCCCCUCCAGGUGCUCCCAAUCCUGAAUGGUUUCUGGAGCUUCCCUGGGGUUUAUUCCUCUGGCUGGGAACGGAGCAGUUGCGCUCUAAAGGUUGCUAAAUCUCUGCUGCUCCAAGGUUAAUCCAAAAGCUCCCAGUCCUGUGGCUUGUGAAUGGUGUCAAAGCAGUGGGAGGUGAUCACAGGCUCCUCACUUCUCUCUCUGCUGGAGCUUCUGUGGCAGUGGAAGCCAUGAAGUCAUUGGAGCUGCACUGAGACAGCAGCAAUCGAGCCUGGGUGUGCAGCUCUGUGUUUUGCUGACCUGUUUGAAGGAGUCUUUAGGUUUCCUGUGAUGAAUACCUCAUGUCUUGGGUUUGGGGAGUUUCUGUUGGCUCUUUUCUUUCCUGAUUGGUGGUUGUUGUGUUUUGGUUUGUUGUUUUGAGGGGUUUUUGUAUUGGUUUUGGGUUGGGUUUUUUUUAAGGCAAGGUUGUUCUUGCUCCGAAGUAGGUUAAGGUAACCAAGUUCUCAUCCAGUUAUUUACUGAAUCAAAAAACAGCUCCAAGCUGGGCAAAAACAAAUCUCAUCUCUUGUGGUUCCCCAACCUUGCACUUGGUACAGGGGUGAGUGGGCACUGGGCUGCUCACCAGAGCCCUCAGAAGAGCUCUAGCAAUAUUCAGGCCAAGGAGGUCCUUGCAGAUGGAGUUUGCUGCCUUAUGUCUCCUCUUCUGUGCGUCGAACCCUCAAGCUCAGUUGAAGUUUAGUCUCAGUUUGGGGCUUUGUUGAAGUGUCUGAGAGAUCUUUUUCUUCUAAAUGUCUGCAGUUAGCACUUGAAACCCUCUUCCAGCCUUCUACCUGGGCAACUGGAACACUGCUACCUGAGGAGAGAGGUGUCCAGAGGACCCCUGGAGGAGGUUUCCCUCUCAGCAGGCUCUGGUUUGCCAGGACUGCAGAGGUAAGGGUGGAGAAAUGCCCACCCAGACCAUUUGUCUGAUGGGCUGGGUGGGACCUGCAGCUGCCUGGCUCCCAUCCAGUGAGCACAAGCUAGUGGUGAAGCACAGCAGCAAGCUCUGCCCCUUGUCCCUGGGGUGUGAUGAGAAGAUCAGGGGUCCCUGUGCACAGUAGGACCAGCCCUGGCUGUAGAGGGACCUGCUGAGGAGCACCAAGCCAUUGUCUCACUGACCUGUGAGCCUCAAGCUGGGAAGGCUGCUUUGAAACAAACCAGCCCUAAAGCAGAAGGAGCACCUGGGCACUUCCAUCACCGAGGAAGGAGCCUGUCCAGGGCACAGAAUGAGUUUAACAAGCUGGGGACUGAUUGAGUCUGGGAUCUUUUGGUUCUCACAAAAGUUAGGAGUCUUUCUGUGACCUUAACUGGCCUUGGCUCACAUCCCCCAGGAUGCAGUUAGAGACAUGAAGCUGCUGGUUCAGCAGCCUGGUAGCACUAGAGGGCUUUGCUGGAGGGAUCUGAUGUUCUCUCCUGGUGAGCACCAUGCCCAGCAGGAUCCCUCCAGGCCUGGGAAAACACCAAGCACUUAUCAGCACUCCUGGAUCAAGUCUGGGGUUUGAGCUUUCAGAUCACUUCCCAAGAUCAGCCUCUCUCUGGAUUGGCUUUCUGCUUGCUUCUGCCUCUGUGUGUGUGUGUGACAGCCUGGUACUUGAACACAAAAAUACCUGACCCCACUGCCUUGUGUCCCUCUGGGCUCCAGUGGAAACUGGCAUGGUCCAAGGGCACUGUCAUGCACAAAUACAACCCAGGAUGAUCCAGGGCCUGUGUGAUGCACAAGCAGAACCCAGGAUGACCCAAGGGCACUGUCAUGCACCAGCAGAACCCAGGAUGAUCCAAGGGCUGUGAGAUGCACAAACAGAACGCAGGGUGGUCCAUGGGCUGUGAGAUGCACAAACAGAACCCAGGAUGAUCCAAGGGCUGUGAGAUGCACAAACAGAACCCAGGGUGGUCCAUGGGCUGUGAGAUGCACAAACAGAACCCAGGGUGGUCCAUGGGCUGUGAGAUGCACAAACAGAACCCAGGGUGGUCCAUGGGCUGUGAGAUGCACAAGCAGAACACAGGGUGGUCCAUGGGCUGUGAGAUGCACAAACAGAACCCAGGAUGAUCCAAGGGCUGUGAGAUGCACAAACAGAACCCAGGAUGAUCCAAGGGCUGUGUGAUGCACAAACAGAACGCAGGGUGGUCCAUGGGCUGUGAGAUGCACAAACAGAACCCAGGAUGAUCCAAGGGCUGUGAGAUGCACAAACAGAACCCAGGGUGGUCCAUGGGCUGUGAGAUGCACAAACAGAACCCAGGGUGGUCCAUGGGCUGUGAGAUGCACAAACAGAACCCAGGAUGAUCCAAGGGCUGUGAGAUGCACAAACAGAACCCAGGGUGGCCCAUGGGCUGUGUCAUGCACAAGCAGAACCCAGGGUGGUCCAUGGGCUGUGUCAUGCACAAGCAGAACCCAGGGUGGUCCAUGGGCUGUGUCAUGCACAAGCAGAACCCAGGGUGGUCCAUGUGUCAUGCACAAUUACAGCUCAGGAUGAUCCAAGGGCUGUGUGAUGCACAAGCAGUGGUGGCUGAAGGGGUCAUUUUCAUCCUAGAAUCAUCAUUUAGGUUGGAAAUCACUCUCUGCUUCUGCCUCCACUGCCCAAAAGGAAGAGGGUUCCUUUUCCAGGCUGAGUUGAUUUUGGUGGCUCUAGAGGUGCUAAAAGAGCAAUUCAAGGCCUGGAAAAUGUUUCAAUUUUGAUGCUGGUUUGUUUUUUAUUAAUGAUUGUUGUUGUUUUCCUGUUCUAUUUUGUGCUUCCUACAAUGUCUUUUGAGGCCAGAUAAGAGUCCUUCAUCAAUGGGCCAAAAAGAGGUGAAGGUGGAGAAGGGAGGGCAGCUCCCUGCUCUACACAUACUUGACAACCAAGCUUCAUACAGGGUAACUAUUCAGCAGUUUGCAACAGAAAGAACAGCUGAACCCUUCCUUCUAAAGGCACUGCAGCAACCUUAGCUUCUGAAAUGGGCUUCACUCAGCCUUCCUCCUCCAGGCAAGAGUCCUGCCCUUGGGAUAAAGCAGAGCCCAAAGGAGAUUGGACUCAGGAGCAUGCCAAACUGCUGGAGCAAUACUUGUGAGCUGCAGGUUCUUCACCAGAGCCCAGCUCAACGUAGGCAAAAGAAGAGGGGGCAAGGGAGUGAGCAAAUAAAAGGCAUCUCUGAGGGGUGGCAGUGAUGCCACAAGGUGCUGCUGUCAGGUGGGCAAGUUUGGUCUCAAAGGUUAGAAGUUGUUCGUUGUCGUCGUGGUUCUCUUGCUUGGAAACCUCCAUCCUGCUCCUGGUGGGCUUGAGAGGGGUUUUUUUUCUGGGGGGGGGGGGGGGGAGGGGAUGUUAAGAGCAGUUGUGGGAUGGAAUGUUCUUGCUAAAGCAGUUCCCAUGGUUCCAUGUCUUCUACACCACUAUAUAUAUGGUGUAUAUAUUCAACUGUGUAAAGUUGUACUUUGUAUAUAGGACUCUGUACAAUAUGGGGGUGCAGCCUUUUUUUUGGGGGGGUGGGGGAGGAGGGAGGACACAAUAUUGUACAGUAUUAGGAGUUUGAUGUGUUGGAAACAAACAACAACCAACAACAACAUGAAUGUUCAAGUCCAUCCUUUUGGGGGGGCAAGCAAAUGUAUCCCUGUGUCAGUAGCAAUAGUUUGGCUUUGGAGAAAUAAAUGUUUUGGGUAUGGUGGAAA